GCAGCAGCAGCAGCGGAGGCUGCGGCGCCCUCCUUGGGGGAGGCGGACGCGGAGGGGGACGCGGAGGCGGCGGCGGCGGCGGCUGCAGCCGCGGAUGCAGAUGCAGAUGCGGAUGCGGAGACCAGCAGGGUCUCCGAGGGGAACCCAGACUUUCCUAUGGCCUCGCUGUACGUGGGCGACCUGCACCCUGAAGUGACAGAAGCAAUGCUCUACGAGAAGUUCAGCCCGGCCGGGCCCAUCCUUUCCAUCCGCAUUUGCAGGGACAAGAUCACCCGCCGCUCGUUGGGCUACGCGUACGUCAACUACCAGCAACCGGUGGACGCCAAGCGGGCCCUGGAAACCCUGAACUUUGAUGUCAUCAAGGGCAGGCCCGUGCGCAUCAUGUGGUCCCAGCGGGACCCCUCGCUCCGCAAGAGUGGGGUGGGCAACGUCUUCAUCAAGAACCUGGGCAAGACCAUCGACAACAAGGCGCUAUACAACAUCUUCUCGGCGUUUGGCAACAUCCUCUCCUGCAAAGUGGCCUGCGACGAAAAGGGGCCCAAGGGCUACGGGUUUGUGCACUUCCAGAAGCAGGAGUCCGCAGAGCGGGCCAUUGAUGCGAUGAAUGGCAUGUUCCUGAACUACCGCAAAAUUUUCGUUGGGAGAUUCAAGUCGCAUAAAGAACGAGAAGCCGAAAGGGGAGCCUGGGCCAGGCAGUCCACCAGUGCUGACGUCAAGGAUUUCGAGGAAGACACCGAUGAGGAAGCCACCUUGCGAUGAAGACAUGCCAGGAGCCAGUCAGCCAGCAGAGCCAAAUCUUGGCUCCCACCCGGUUUACAACUCCCCUCUUUGCCCCCUAACCCACCAGCAGUGUAUUGUAUUGUACUGGGAGUGCAGGUCUCUCUCCUCUCUCUCUCUCUCUCUCUCUCUCUCUCUCUCUCUCUCUCUCUCUCCUCUUCCCCCCUCUCUUCCUCUCUUCCUCUUUCCUUUCAUCCCCUCCUCCUCCUCUUCCUCCCUCCUUCCUCUUCCUUCUGUCUUCCCCACCUCUCCCUUCCCCCCACACCCACCAAGGGCGUUGUGAAUAAUCUUGCUAAUCUGUGCCACUUGAUAGAUUAUAGGCUGCCUUUUCUCCUUGUGCUUUGGUUUAAAAAGCACUUCAUUCUCGCUUCCUUCACUACACAGGUGAUACAAUUUCAUGGUAGAAACAUCAGAAAGGAGAAGGAAAUCAGAUGAGGGAAAACCCAGAGAGUAAUUGUUCCCCAUGAUUCUACUACCCAGAGGCAACCACUUUUUCGUGUGCUGUUUUUCCAGGCUCUCCUCUCUCCCUCUUUCUCCCUCCCUCUCUUCCUCACUCCCCACCCCCACCUUCCCUUUUAACACCCUGUUAUAGAAUGGUUCGCGUGUGUGGUGUUUCUUAAUCUGCUUCUUCAGAAACUAAAGCCAAACAAAACACAACCCAUUGAACUUCUUUCCAUGUUAUUCAACAGGCUUCCUAAAUGUCGUCUUCAGUGCCUGCAGAGUGUAUCCAUGGAUCUUUAACUCUUCUGUAAUCAUUUCCGCAUUGUUGGACAUUCAGGUGGUGCCUAGUUCUUUCCUUGUGUUUAAACCCAACACUGCAUACUCUGACGAAUGAAUCCUUCCUUGUCAAGCCAAAUCUUCGCUAGCAUACCGGAUGGUCUUCUUAAUUGUGGACGUGCAGGAUCCACAAUAAAAUAUCCUUGCAGGAUAUUUUAGAGACUUUUCCUGUGUGUUGCCAAAUGGCCCCUUCAUAAGCAUUGUACUGAUUUGCAUUCAUGCCAGCCAGCACAGCUAGUAAAAACAGUAUGUCCAUUCCCCCUGCAUAGUCUCCUAGUCACUGUAAUUGAUGGGUGUGUGUGCUGGAGUGUGUGCGUUUUGGCCAGCUUGAUGGGCUGCAAGUGGUAUUUCACUGUUUUAGGUUAUUUUGCUGGAUUUAAAUGCUCUUUAUCACCCUCUUUUCCUUGUGCCCACUUACUGCCUUUUUGCCCAUUGCCAGAAACAUCAUUCGGCUUUAUUGCAGGAAAAAAUUAAACUGCAGGCAACAGAAGAAAAUUAAUGUUCCCAGUAAUCAACCCUAAUCGCCACACAUACAUUCCUAAAUCAUUUUCAUGUGCACUUCCCCAGUAUUUUUCAUGUGAUAUAUAUGUGAAUUUUCAUGUAUAUACUGUUUCAAUAUCUGCCUUUUCACACAUGAGUAUAUAAUAGAGAUAAGAUAUAGAUGUAUAAAUAGAUAUUCUCGAACUUCGUUUCAUGUCAUUAAAUAUUCUUCUAAAAAUUG